AUGAACGCUGAAGAUUGUAAUGAGCAAACAAACACAUUAGCGGGAUACUCAGCAGGUUUUGCGUGGGGCUUCAAAUCUGGCUCUGGAACUAGUACUGUUCAGCAAAUGGGAGGUCAACAUCCAGUAACAUCUUUGGUUGAAGAUGGUAAUCAACAUAAGUAUAGAUGCAAAAGAAAGUAUUCUUCCGGACGUGACAAUCAAGAGGACAUGGGUCGCAAUGUGAAGCAUAUGGCAAACAGAGGAAAGCAUACUAUAUUAAAAAGAAAGGCAAAUCUUUCAUCAAAUAUUCAAGGGCAGCCACUUCCCAUUCAAAGAGGUUUGGAGCUCAUGAAUAAGGAGCAGCUGCAAAAUGCAUUGUUGGAUAUUAUGAAGGCAUGUCCACAAACGCAGCAACUCAUGAAUUCUAAAUUACUAGAAUGUAAUUUCAGCACAGAGAAGUGCCAAGAUUUGCUGAAGAUCAAGUUGGAGCAACUAUAUCAGAGUAUCCCAUAUAGUCGAUCAUCUGAAAUGAAUAAGCUUAACGAUUAUGCAUUUGUUCGCAUGAAACCUUACAUUUUAGAAUUUUUGAAUUGUCUAGUGGAUUGCAUUCUUGACCAGAUACCUCCAAGAGUGGAAAAUGUACUCAGCUCUAUGAAAUUUUUGGACCUUUGCACAGAUAUGGUAGCAAAUUUGCCAAGAUUUGAGUUGACGAGCAAUAACUACUAUUAUGAUAAAUGUUUGGAACAACUUUCGUAUAUUUGGUGUACAUUGAUCGAACAUAUUGCUAGAGAUGUCUUUCUUACUUUGAAUGGAGAAUCAGUGAUAUGUGGAUGGAUCUCUAAAUUGGAAAUUUAUAAUGAAUUAUCAAAUGGGAUUUUGUCUAGACCUCUGCAAUUAUUCAAAUCUUUAAACUCUGUCGACUCUAAUCCACUGCACAAAAAUACAGCAAAUACUGGUAGCACAACAACUCCCUUUCAUAGUCCUACCAAUAAUAGCAGGCUGGCUAAUGAUCAAUAA